AUGAGUAUCCCCGUAAUCCCCCCCCCCGCCCGCCGCUUCACGCCGCCCUCCACCACGCUGAGCCCGGGGAAGAUGACCGAGCCAUACAAGUCAGAAAUUUUAAGGGUAGAAAUCUAUGUGGUGGCCUUGGGAGACGUGCCCGAUGGGACGCUGGUGACGGUGAUGGCUGGAAACGAUGAAAACUACUCUGCAGAACUCAGAAACGCCACAGCCGCCAUGAAAAACCAAGUAGCAAGGUUCAAUGACCUCCGGUUCGUGGGUAGAAGUGGAAGAGGGAAAAGCUUCACACUGACUAUCACGGUCUUCACAAAUCCGCCACAAGUAGCCACAUACCACAGAGCCAUCAAGAUAACGGUGGACGGACCUCGCGAACCCAGAAGACAUCGUCAGAAAAUAGAUGAGCAGACAAAGCCCGGGAGCUUGUCCUUUUCAGAGCGCCUGAGUGAACUGGAGCAGUUGCGUCGUACGGCCAUGAGGGUCAGCCCACACCACCCAGCCCCCACACCCAACCCACGAGCCUCCUUGAACCACACCACUGCUUUUAACCCUCAGCCUCAGAGUCAGAUUCAGGACACAAGGCAAGUACAGCCAUCCCCGCCAUGGUCCUACGACCAGUCCUACCAGUACCUGGGCUCCAUUGCCACCCCCUCUGUGCACCCUGCCACGCCAAUAUCACCUGGCAGGGCUAGCGGCAUGACAUCCCUCACCGCAGAGCUUUCAAGCCGGCUGUCAAGUGCUUCUGACUUGACUGCGUUCAGUGACCCCCGGGUGGGAAUCGAUCGCUCCUUCUCCGCGCUCCCCUCCAUCUCCGACCCUCGGAUGCACUACCCGGGAGCGUUCACCUACACGCCGACGCCCGUCAGUUCAGGGAUAGGAAUAGGUAUGUCUGCCAUGUCCACGGCCACGAGAUACCACACUUACCUCCCGCCUCCCUACCCCGGCUCGUCGCAGGCCCAAGGCAGCCCGUUCCAGACCAGCUCGCCCUCCUACCACCUCUACUACGGAACCUCCGCCGGCUCCUAUCAGUUCUCCAUGAUCUCGGGGGGAGACCGGUCCCCCCCACGCAUCCACCCUCCCUGCACCAACGCCUCCACGGGAUCGACGCUCCUCAACCCCAACCUCCCCAACCAAAGCGAUGUGGUUGAGGCAGAAGGGAGCCACAGCAACUCCCCCACUAACAUGGCGACCACAGCGAGGCUAGAGGAAGCGGUGUGGCGACCAUACUGA